AUGGACCACAAGCCAUGGCUUUGGAGGAAGAAAUCUACAGAAAAGCCCAAUGUUGGAGCAGCAGCAGCAGCAGAAGACAAAGUCAACGUCUUGGGCAAAGGAAAUGAAGAUGAGAUAGAGGCAAUUCGGGCUGAGAAGGCAGAGCUGGAGAACAAUCUGAAAACUUUAAGUGAUAAGCUUGCUUCAGCUCUCUCUGAAUGUAACAGCAAAGAUGAACUUGUGAAGAAACAUGCCAAAAUGGCACAGGAGGCUGUUCAAGGCUGGGAGAAGGUAGAAGCAGAUGCGGGGUUUCUAAAGCAAGAACUGGAUAAAUCUUUACAAAUCAGAGCAGCUCGUGAAGAAAGAAUAGCUCAAUUGGAUGCAGCCCUCAAGGAAUGUAUGCAGCAGCUACGAUUUGUUCGAGAAGAAGAGGAGCAAAGGGUUCAUGAUGCUAUGAUGAAGACAUCAAGAGAAUUUGAGAAAUCCCAGAUGGUAUUAGAGGAGAAAUUAUCAGAGACCACUAAAAGGCUUUCUAAAAUAGGUGCAGAAAACACCCAUCUUAGUAAUGCUCUUUUAGUGAAGGAAAAGUUGAUAGGAGAUUUAAGAAAACAAUUGACUCAGGUGGAAGCUGAUUUCAAUGCACUAACGAGUAGAUUAGAAUCCACCGAGAAAGAUAAUGCUUCUUUGAAAUAUGAGGUUCGAGUGCUUGAGAAAGAGCUUGAGAUCCGGAAUGAGGAGAGAGAAUUCAACCGUCGAACUGCUGAUGCAUCACACAAGCAAAACCUGGAGGGUGCAAAGAAAAUUGCGAAGUUAGAAUCAGAAUGUCAGAGGUUGCGUCUCCUGGUCCGGAAGCGGUUGCCAGGUCCUGCUGCGUUGGCAAAAAUGAAAACUGAAGUUGAAAUGCUAGGAUGGGAUUCUGUUGACAUGAGGAGGAGAAAGUUGAAUCCAAAUGGUUUAAUGUAUGACUCUACUGUUGAUAACUUUCCUGAGACUCCCAGCAAAAGGGUUAACAUUCUGACUGACCAGUUAUAUGCUAUGGAAGAAGAAAACCAGACUCUCAAGGAAGCACUCAAUAAAAAGAUGAAUGAACUCCAGUUCUCUAGAAACAUGUAUGCUCGUAUAGCUUCAAAAUUAUCACAAGUUGAAACACCGCUUGAAGAAUCAUCACGAGGCCAGACAACCAUGGAGCCAAUGAGGAGUAGUCUUAUGUCUCGUGAAGUGUCUGUAGCAUCUAUGUCUGAUAUUGGCAGCGAUGAUAAGGUUAGUUGUGCUGAUUCAUGGGCUUCUGCCUUGAUUACAGAACUGGAGCACUUUAGAAAUGAAAAACAAAAGGGAUCACUAACAAGAAAAACUGUUGGAGCUUCAGACAUAAAUCUGAUGGAUGACUUUAUUGAAAUGGAAAAGUUAGCAGUGGUUUCUGCUGAUAAACCAAGUGUAGGUUCUCCUGUUUCUUCAGCUAACGCAUUUGUUGGCACCUUGGAAACUGAGUAUUCCUCAGAACUUGUGGGUAGCGAGAUGGUUCCUGUUUCUGACAGUGAGUCAGGCUUCAAUAUGUCAAACAGGGAGACCGGAUUUAAAAAUAUUCCUGAUGGUAAAGCUCCCAAUUGGAUUCAGGAUAUAGUGAAACUGGUGUUGGAGCACAACCGUGUUGCAGGAAGAAAUCCUGAACAGAUACUUGAGGAUAUAAGAUUAGCUCUGGCAUCCACAGAAAAUCCAAAGCCUGGUGAGUUGGUUGAUGCAAGGACAAAUGGAAACCAUUUUGAUGCAUCCAAUCCUUCCUCUGUUAAAAGCUGCAUCUCAUGGAAAGGUUCAGAUAGAUCUCUAGUAACUGAUUCACUCUGUGGAGUAAGUGAUGUGGACGUCUCAAGCCCAAAGAGGAGUAAUCAGCAGUUCCAGCCAGAUCUGAGUAAAUCAUUAUGUAAAAUAAUUGAGCUUAUUGAGGGAAUCAGUGUGCCAUCUCCAGAUUAUAACCCAGAGAAUGGGACCAGGAAGGAUGGGAACUCGUCCACAUAUAAGAAUGCAGAAUACACAGGCUACAUGGUUCGUGUUUUCCAGUGGAAAACUUCUGAACUUGGUGAUCUUCUACAACAAUUUGUUCAUGCUUGUUAUGAUCUGUUGAAUGGAAAGGCUGGUCUUGACAAGUUUGCCCAAGAGCUCACUACUGCCUUGGACUGGAUUUUAAACCACUGCUUUUCACUUCAAGAUGUUUCAAGCAUGAAGGAUGCAAUUAAGAAACAAUUUGAUUGGGAUGAUACACGAAGUGAAAGUGAAGCAGAAGUUGGAGUGGUUGGUCACUUUAUAGAUACAGACAAAUUACGUGUUCCACGAGAACAGUUAUCAUGUUUGCCCGCGUCUACUUCUUCAAAUGGCCAUAGCAUCCAAAUAGAAGAGCUGCAGGCCAAUCUGGUCAAAGAAAACAGAAAAUUAAAGGAUGAAUUGGUGAAUAUAGAAUCUGCAAAGAGAGAGUUGGAAGGGAGAUUUCAGUCAGCUUCUGAUAAGAGUGAAUACCUGAUGAAUCAGCUUAAGGAAUCGGAAAAGGCUAUAGCCAGUUUGAGAACAGAGUUACAAAGUUUAAGAGAGUCAAAAGGAAUCAUUGAGGACCAAAUUAAAAAUCACAAGGUGAUGAAUGAAGAUCUUGACACGCAGCUUACAGUGGCCAGAGUUGAAUUAAGUGAAGCUCGCCAAAAGUUUUCAUCCCUAGAAGUUGAACUGGAGAAUAAAUACAACUGCUGCGAAGAAUUGGAGGCUAAAUGCCUGGAACUGCAGCUUCAGCUUGAAAGUGUGAAGAAGAAAAGCCCAAAUUCCGAUCUUAAUCCAGACGAAAGGCAAGCCCAAAAUGAUUGGGAGAUAACAGCUGCUUCAGAAAAGUUGGCCGAAUGCCAAGAGACAAUACUUAACCUCGGGAAGCAGUUGAAGGCAAUGGCUGCACCAAAGGAAGCAGCCCUUUUUGACAAGGUCAUCACUAAUCCCACUGAUAUAAAUACCCUCAAAGCCAAAGCCACAUGCCCAACCCCACAGAAGAAGCUGAACCAACGAUCCUCUCUACUAGAUCAAAUGUUAGCAGAAGAUGGUGCUGGCAUCAAGGAUUUAAUGUCUCCAAAGACAAAAGAGGUCAACAGUAAUUCAACUUCCACAUUCGGUCCUAAUAGGGUGAUAGAGCCCCUCGAGAAUAUCCUUGUUCUAAAUGGUAAAUACCAGGAUGACAAUGCUACUGUUGGUUCCUUAGCUAUAGUGCCUGGCAAGAAAAGGGGAGGUGGGAGUUUAUGGAAAAAGCUGUUAUGGAGAAAGAAAGGUAGCAGCAAAAAAGCACCCCUUCCAAUCGCUUCAUGA